AUGACAGACUCAAACACCACAGCCGAUUCCAAAAUCGACCAUGCCGCCUCCUUGAAAUAUUGGAACAGCGUCCCAGCCACCACGGGCAGCAUGCUGGGCGAGUUCCCUUCAGUGUCACGCAUUGACCUACAGGGGUCUAAAACUUUCCUAGCCAAGAUCCGCCGUUUACUACCAGGUGUUCAAUCUGAGGGCAAAUUCCACCAAGGUGUGGACUGUGGCGCCGGUGUCGGCCGAGUGACAGAAGGUUUCCUGAGCCAUGUCUGUGAUGUGGUAGAUGCCGUAGAGCCGGUAGCCAAAUUCACACAAGUGAUGCAAGACAGCCAAUUGAAAAGAGACGGCAUCUUUGGAACCAUCUACACGCGUGGCCUUGAAGAUUGGACCCCAGAGAAGAAAUAUGAUUUGAUCUGGGUCCAGUGGUGUGUGGGCCACCUCACCGACUCACAGCUCAUUGACUAUACUGUGCGGUGCCGCAAGGCGUUGACUGAAACCGGUCUGAUGGUUCUCAAGGAGAACCUGUCCACCCAUUUCUCCGGACAGGAUAUGUACGACAGUGAGGAUAGCAGUGUCACAAGGACAGAUGCGAAAUUCAGACAAGUCUUCGAGGCGGCUGGUAUGGAGAUCGUCAAGUCGGAACUCCAGAAGGGCUUCCCCCAGUCUUUCAACCUCUUACCUGUGCAGUUCUAUGCCUUGCGGCCGAAGACAACCAAUUAG